UCGUUCAACGAACUCUAAAAGAAACAAGAAAGCGUGUUGAUAUAAAACUGGUAAAAUAGGCAAAUGGAGUUUUGGGCAAAUAUCCGUGAAUUUUUGCCAAGAUAUGAUGAAAUUAAAAAAAUAUUACGAAAUGAACCAGAAGCGGAUAGUAUUUUGCGCAUGGCCAUUGCGGACGUUGAGGACACAAAUACAACGCCUGGGUUUAACGAGGAAGUGUCCUACCUUGUCAGCAGCCUAGCGGACAAAUAUUGGGAGCGCAUACACACAGGUCACUUUAGUGCUGUACCACUUGAAGUGCGUAAAAUCUAUGCUUUAUCCAAUUAUUUCAAAAUUUUUUACCUACUUAGCGAAAGUGUUUCCCAAGCGCAACUAAUGCGAUGCUCUGAAGUACUUGAUGAGGCUAUACUUAUUGGAUGCACUCACGGGUUAUAUGGGAGUAGUGAUGAUUUUCAAGCCCAACUGACAAGCCAUAUUAGCAAAUACUUAGGCGAUUAUCCAAGCAGUGAUCUUCCCAUUAUAGAAGAGCUAAAACGUGAACAAUGCAAGUGUGAUAUACCAGUUUUAGAUUGCCCUUCCGUUGAAGAUUUUCGCACAAAAUGCUUUAUGACGGAACAGCCCGCAUUGCUGCUCAACACAAUCGCCCAUUGGCCAGCUAUGCAGAAAUGGCGCAAUCUCAACUAUCUACAUAAAUUAGCCGGCAACCGAACAGUUCCUAUUGAAAUUGGUGCCAUUUACACGGCAGAUGAGUGGUCUCAGCAGCUAGUAAAAAUACAAGAUUUUCUACGCCGCCAGUUCAGUCAAAAUAGUAGUAAAGAAAUAGAAUAUUUGGCACAGCAUGAGCUCUUCGACCAAAUACCCGCACUUAAAGCAGAUAUUCGUGUACCAGAUUAUUGUACUUUGCGUUCCAAUAAGAAUUGUACAAACGUAGAGAAUGUGUCAAUUAAAGCUUGGUUGGGCCCUAAAAAUACCAUAUCACCGCUGCAUUAUGAUCCUGAACACAAUUUACUAUGUCAAGUUUUUGGCAGAAAGCAAAUUAUUUUGGCAGCACCGACUGAUACUCCAAAAUUGUAUGCACAUGAUUCGGAGAUGCUUUGUAAUACCUCGCAAUUAGAUGCAGCUCGUCUAGACUUUGAUCGCUUUCCGCUUGCAGCACAAGUAUCCUUUUAUAAUGUUACUUUGCAAGCAGGCGAUUGCCUCUACAUACCACCGAAAUGGUGGCAUUACGUACGUGCUGAGAGCGAGAGCUUUUCUGUUAGUUUCUGGUGGUCAUAAUUGUGUACACACAAGCAUAGAAAUAAAAUAUGUUUAUUGUGGGAAACUUACAUUUGGAUCUGAUUACAGCAACAAAUAUAAAAUAAUGCAUAUUUGUUCCUUAGA